GACCCUGCUGUCCUCCCUCCCCUUCUCCCACCUUCCAGCUUCUGGUUACAACACACCUGCAGCCCAAGGCAAAAACUCAGCAAACCCAGCCCCCAGGAUUGACUUCUCCUGGGCUCCACCCAGCAGGAACCACAGCCAAGCAUGGGAAGACAGGGGCUGAGGCCACUCCAUUACCAGGGACUUCCCAGUACGGGCACGAAAGAACUUCUCAGUACGCAGCAACCUCUCCUCAUGCAGCGACCUCUCCUCCUGCAGGGAGCUCCCGCCCCCCGAAGCAGCUGGACUCCACCUCAGCAGAGGAUGCCAGUCCAGCUCUCAGCAGCGGCAGCUCUAAGCCCAGGGUGUCCAUCCCAAUGGUCCGCAUACUGGCCCCAGUCCUGGUGCUGCUGAGCCUCCUGUCAGCCGCAGGCCUGAUCGCCUUCAGCAGCCACCUGCUCUUGUGGAGAAAGGAAGCUCGACAGGCCAUGGAGACACAGAGGAACGAGAAGGUCCACCUCCCACACUUGAACUCCCUGGUGUUUUCUCUGAGCCUUCCUUGGCUCUGA